AUGUCGACCUCGACCCACUCCACAAAGCGUGCAAGGUUGGACAGCGAGCACCUGGACGACAGUAGCUCAAGCGCACACACCGAGGUCGCUCGGUGCGGUGACUUUGAAGUCACCACCUCUGACAACGUCCGCUUCUUCGUUCCCUCCUACCACCUGUUCAGCUCCAGCUCAGUAUUCCGCGACGCGCACCACAUGGACAACGACGCUGGCGGCAAGCACCAGCUCACCUUUACGGAUCCAGUUUACGAGGCGAGCCACGUAUUUGCCCUCUAUCUCCAACUCGUCUCGCAUGGCGAGCUCCACGUCGAUCGCCACCUCAAGUACUGGAAAGGUCUGGUUGUCUUCCUCGACAAGUGGGAUUGCCAACAGCCCCUCCAGCUCCUAUGUGCUAGACUCGGCAUGGCAGUCCAGAGCAAGCACUCGCGGGUUGCCACACUAGAAGCGUUCAUCGUGGCCUGCAUGGCGCGGGACGACAACCUCUGCGCCCUGAUACUUACGUCGCGGCGCAACUCGAAAUGGAGGAGCGUAAAAGAAGGCGCUGGGGGCAAGAAGUACGAGCUCUCACAUCACCGCAAAGAGAGCCUCUGGGACCCCAGGUUCUGGCCUGCCUACCUCUGGUCGUCCGGGGUCUCAAACACAUACCUGUACGCUGUGGCACGGGCGUUUGGGGACCACGGGACCGACGAGACGCUGGCAGAAGGGUUCUUGCACUAUCUCGCGCAAAUCCCGCGGCGCAACCCUCAUGCUUGA